GUUCUAGCCCUGACCCGGAAGUGAUCGCCGGCUCCUUUCCCUUUUCCGGUAGCUAGGCGGCGUGCGCUAGAAGGCCGUACAGCCAUGAGUGUCCCGGCUUUUAUAGAUGUGUCCGAGGAGGAUCAGGCAGCUGAGCUUCGUGCAUAUUUGAAAUCUAAAGGCGCAGAGAUCUCUGAGGAGAAUUCAGAGGGGGGUCUUCACAUCGACCUGGCCCAAAUUAUUGAAGCCUGUGAUGUCUGCCUGAAGGAGGAUGAUAAAGAUGUGGAGAGCGUUAUGAACAGCGUGGUCUCUCUGUUACUGAUAUUGGAGCCAGACAAGCAGGAAGCUCUCAUCGAAAGCCUAUGCGAGAAACUUGUCAAAUUUCGGGAAGGUGAACGGCCAUCUUUAAGGCUGCAGCUGCUGAGCAAUCUGUUCCAUGGCAUGGAUAAGAGUACCCCAGUCAGGUACACAGUGUACUGCGCCCUCGUUAAGGUGGCAGCUACCUGCGGAGCUAUAGUAUACAUUCCAACAGAUCUUGACCAGGUUCGAAAAUGGAUCGUUGACUGGAACCUCAGCACAGAGAAGAAGCACAUUCUACUCCGACUGCUCUAUGAGGCACUUGUGGACUGCAAAAAGAGUGAGGAGGCAGCUAAAGUGAUGGUGGAGCUGCUGGGAAGUUACACAGACGAUAACGCCUCUCAGGCCCGCGUCGAUGCACACAGGUGCAUCGUGAGAGCAUUAAAAGAUCCCAAGACAUUCUUACUCGAUCACCUUCUUGCUUUAAAACCAGUGAAAUUUUUAGAAGGCGAGCUCAUUCAUGAUCUCCUGACGAUAUUCGUGAGCGCCAAGCUUUCUUCAUAUGUCAAGUUUUACCAGAAUAACAAAGAUUUCAUUGACUCACUGGGUCUCUCGCAUGAGCAAAACACGGAAAAAAUGCGGCUUCUAACGUUUAUGGGAAUGGCGGCGGAAAACAAGGAGAUUUCAUUUGAUACUAUUCAGCAGGAGCUGCAACUUGGAGCGGAUGAUGUGGAAGCCUUUGUAAUUGAUGCCGUGAAAACAAAGAUGGUGUACUGCAAAAUUGACCAGACACAGAAGAAAGUUGUUGUGAGUCACAGCACACACAGGACCUUCGGGAAGCAGCAGUGGCAACAGUUGUACGAUAUUCUCAACUCCUGGAAAAUCAACUUAAACAAAGUGAAGAACAGUCUCCAUAGUAUUUCUGACGCUUGAGCAGAAUGAGCAUUGCAGCGGCUCUGGACUUGGACCGUUUGAGCCGUGCCGCCAAUGGAUCGCUCAGAGGCGGUCUAAAGCUAUUUUAAAUAAAGCUGUUUAAUCAUGAAGUGGAAAAGUCAGUAUGAGAUCUUUACCUUCUUUGUAGUAUCUGAAUGCAGCUAAAUAUGCUUUUAUUGUAGUCUCUUACAUAUAUCUGAACCUGGAUGCAGCCAUUGCAAGUGGAAGGAAAAUAUCUAUUGUCUACAUCGCAACACACAACAGAAAUGAGGUUUAUCUAAGGCUGUGUUCACACUGGUAUCGUCACUUCAGUGUCUAUAACUGCAGCCGGGACACUUGACUCAUAAUGGCGUCUGUUGGGGUCCCUAUCAUUUGUCGGCAAGAAUAUCAUCUGCAUGCUGUGUUAUUCUUGAUGUCAAAUUUGAGAACUUCAGGCAGAGGCUCCUCCAAUUUAAAGGGUCGUUCAAAAAGUUCAUAUUCUCGAAUAUCGGAUAAAGAUAUUUAGCCACCAGGCCCACUUCAUAUUUCAAUUGAAAGAAAUCUAUGGAAAUUUGGCGCACAAAACCAUAUCCAUUUUGCUGUCCGUAAAACAUGAAUACCGGCCGUGUGUGUGUCCCACAGUUUCGCAUGUCCCACACUAUUGUAGAAAGGUCAAAAGCAGACAAGAGUAGGACAUGUUCUAUUUUUUUUCAGGGCCGGACAUAAUGCCAUACAGAUUCGGACAGUACAUGGAUGUGUGCGUUUUUUGUGGCCUCAUAGAAAUGAAUGGGCACGCGCACGAUAUGCAAAAAAAUGCAGAUCGGACGUGGAAUGAAAAUAUGGUUGUGUGCAUGAGGCCUGAUUAGGCAAAUGGUUCAGAAUAUAAACUUUGAAUGACCCUCAUGUGAACAGUCUUACAAAAAAUUUUCAUACUGUUAGACUUAUUAAAGAGGUUAUCCAGGAAUAGAUAUUGAAGACCUAUCCUAUCGGGGCCCCUGCCGAUCAGCUUUUAGAAAAGGUCGGGUGCUCAAUGAAUGCCAUGGCUUCAGCUCAGCCCCAUUGAAGUAAAUAGGGCUGGGCUGCAAUACCAAGCACAGCCACUAUACUAUGUACAACGCUGUGCCUGGAGAGCUGCCUGCUGCGGCGGCUCCCUGAAACGGCUGAUUGGCAGGGGUGCUGGGACUCGGACCCCUGCCGAUGCGAUAAUGAUGACCUAUACUGCGGAUAGGUUAUUUACCAGAAAACCCCCUUAAAG